ACGAUAAUGAAGGAACCAGUGAUUCUUCAGAGGAAGAAAUGCGUGCAACGGUAAAUACUGUGCGCAUAAUGAAGGUGGAUGAUAACUCAGAAGGUUUCUGGGCUAAACCCAAGUUGGAGGGACACUCUGUGAAAAUGCAGAUUGACACUGGAUCAAGAGCAUCAUUAGUGUCUCACAAGAUUUAUGUGAAGUUCAUGAAACACCUUCCAUUACGUCCCUCUGACACUGUUUUCAGGGCUUAUACAGGACAUAAGGUAAAAAUGAAAGGGAUGACAGAUGUUUUGGUUGAGUGUAACGGUCAAACUGUAAGACUCCCAGUUUAUGUCACAAAGGGAAAUUAUCCUGCUAUCCUGGGACGUGUGUGGCUAAAGAAAAUCCGUCUGGACUGGCAAGAGAUACGGAAGCUGUCGCAGGAGUCCUCCAAGCUGCAGGCCAUACUGGAAAAGAAUGAAGAGGUUUUUCGGGACGAGUUAGGCAGCAUGAAAGGUAUAACAGUGAAACUGCAUAUAAAAACUGACAGUAAACCUGUGUUCUUGAAGCCCAGACCUGUGCCAUAUGCUAUCAGACCUAAAGUGGAGGCUGAUUUGGACGCUUUGGUCAAAAAUGGGGUCCUGGAACCUGUAAAGACCAGUGAGUGGGCCACACCCAUUGUUCCGGUUCCUAAAAAGGAUGGUGGAAUACGGACUUGUGGAGACUUUAAAGUAACACUUAACCCUGUACUGACAGCAGAACAAUAUCCACUGCCCCUGAUUGAUGACUUGUUUGCUGGACUGAGUGGAGGACAGAAAUUCAGCAAAAUAGAUCUCAGUCAGGCUUACCUGCAGAUGCAUGUAGAAGAGGAAUCACGUGACUUGCUGACUAUUAACACACAUAAGGGGCUUUUCAGAUACUGUAGGCUGCCUUUCGGCAUCACAUCUGCCCCAGCAUUGUUUCAACGAGCAAUGGAUCAGGUUCUCAGCGGAUUGUCAGGUGUACAGUGCUAUCUAGAUGACAUUCUGUGCACUGGAGCAAAUGAUGAAGAGCAUCUAAGCAACUUGGAUGCGACCCUUCAAAGACUGAAGGAGUAUGGACUGAGGGUCCGAAGAGGAAAAUGUGAGUUUUUCCAAUCAUCAGUGGAAUAUUUGGGGCACGUGAUUGAUGAAAAGGGGUUGCACACUGCACCAUCAAAAACUGCAGCUAUUGUAGAUGCACCUCCACCCCAAAAUGUCAGUCAGCUGCGGUCCUUCUUAGGAUUGCUGAACUACUAUGGACGCUUCAUUCCCAACUUGGCAUCGUUGCUACAACCGCUACAUGAACUACUACGUCAUGAUAAAGAAUGGAAAUGGACAGCCAACUGUCAAGAAGCUUUUCAGAAAGCUAAAGAUGUAUUGACAACAUCAGAGGUGCUGACGCACUUCAAUCCAAAACUGCCACUCCAGCUCGCCUGUGAUGCUUCUCCAUAUGGAGUGGGUGCAGUUAUUUCCCAUGUACUGCCAAAUGGUGAGGACAAGCCAAUUGCUUUUGCAUCGAGGACAUUGAACAAGGCAGAAAGUAAUUAUGCCCAGCUCGAAAGAGAAGCGCUGAGCAUUGUUUUUGGAGUUCGAAAAUUCCAUCAGUAUUUGUAUGGACGAAAGUUCACACUCCUAACUGAUCACCGCCCACUCACUACCAUCCUUGGUCCACACACAGGGAUACCUUCUCUUGCUGCAUCCCGACUCCAGAGAUGGGCUUUACUGUUGUCGGCUCAUUCAUAUGACAUAAAGUAUCGCAAGUCAGACUUACACUGCAAUGCUGAUGGGUUAUCUAGAUUGCCACUUCCUGUCACAAAGCCAGAGUCACACACAGAGGACAUAUUCUACUUCAGACAAGUCGAGAAGUCACCUGUCUCAGCUGUGGAAGUCAAGAAAGAGACUCGAAAUGACCCAGAGUUGUCUGCAGUCAUGGACAUUGUGGUAAAAGGGCAAAACACUGAUAACCCAGAUCUGAAACCAUUCCUUAAGAGGAGGUUGGAGCUUUCUGUACGGUCUGGAUGUUUGCUGUGGGGGAGGAGAGUGAUUAUUCCACAAUCACUUCGCAAAAAGAUGUUGCAGCAACUUCAUGCAGGGCACAGUGGAAUCGUGCGAAUGAAGGAAAUUGCGAGGAGCUACUUAUGGUGGCCUAACAUGGACAAACAGAUCGAAGAGAUGGCCAACAGCUGUUCAUCUUGUCACAAGGUUAGAAACAAUCCACCACCAGCUUCUUUACAUCCGUGGGAGUAUCCACAGGAGCCAUGGAAACGUAUCCACAUUGACUUUGCAGGGCCAUUUGAAGACAAAAUGUUUCUUGUUGUUGUUGACGCUCACAGCAAGUGGCCUGAAGUAGCCAUCAUGAGAUCAACCACCACAGAAAAGACCAUAGAGAAACUUGGAGAAAUGUUCAGUCGCUUUGGAUCUCCUGCACAGUUAGUCUCUGAUAACGGACCACAACUUGUUUCACAGGAAAUGACGACAUUCCUACAAGCUAAUGGAGUACAGCACAUAAGAUCAGCUCCAUACCAUCCUGCAACAAAUGGAUUGGCAGAAAGGUUUGUCCAAACUCUAAAACAUGCAUUGAAAACAUCACGGGGUCAAGGAACUCUACAUCAGAGACUGCACCAAUUCCUGUUAACAUACCGCACCAGCCCUCAUGCAACCACAAAGACAUCUCCUGCUAGCCUGAUGCUAAAAAGAGAACUGCGCACAACCUUUGACCUCCUGAAACCUUCAACAGUAAAGGACACUGUUCAGGGUCAACAAGAGAAACAGGUAACACGCAGAGCACUGCAAGCCAAAAGCAGAGUUUUUGGCCCAGGAGAAUCUGUGCUGGUUAGGAAUUACUGCGGUGAACCUAAGUGGAUCCCAGCCACUAUUAUUGCGAAGACUGGACCAGUAUCCUAUACCGUCCAGACUGCUGAUAGUGUCUGGAGGAGGCAUGUUGAUCAGCUUCUCAAGACUGCACCAACGCCUGCAGAGUUGCCUCUCGGAGAGUUUCCAGAUGUCGCAGUCAACACACCAGACCAAGGACCAACACAAAUGCCGGACUUGACCGGAUUAGAGACAAAUGUUUCUGUUGCUGAUGCGACUGUGAUGGAGACUGAGACACCUUCUUUUUCACCACCGCCAACAGCAAGUUCACCAUUAAAGAACCAUGAACUUGUUUCUACAGAGCGCCGGUAUCCUGUAAGAGAGCGGCGUCCUCCUGCACGUUUGAGUUUUUAGUUCAGUGACUAACCCGGAAUAAGGGCAGAAUAAUCCCUUGGGUAUGGUCUAGGGAAGAGGUAGUCUACCCUCGACCCUAAGUUUGUGUUCAAGAAAGAAAACAAA